GUAAUAACACUUCAAUAAUAUGAUCAAAUUAUCAAGGAUAUUUAAUUUAUAACCUAUCAUGUGUAAGUAGGUUACCUAAGGUAAUAAGCAUGUAAGUGGUACAAUGACAGCAACCUGAUUUGGAAUACUUUAUUCAUUUAAGGACUAUGCCACUUAUGUAAUAACUCUGUCAGGAGUGCAGCUUAGACUGAGCCCGAUCUGAUAGUGACAUCAUAUUCCCCAAUUAGCAAGACCUAUACACUAAUUAUUUAGGUACCUAAGAUUAGAUGCACAAUAUUCUCCGGACCACCUGCUCAGCCUUACAGUUGUCAGCAUGAACCUUGACAACAUUUGGGAAACCAAUAGGAAACUAAAGUUGACGCCUCGUACCGCCACUCAUCAUUGAACACAACAACAUCAGUGUAUCACCUACUCCACAAAGUUCACCUUGACCAUGACGGACCUCCCAGGAUCUGAUCGAACCCUUCUUGAGAGGCUAAAUGCCCUUAAGCCUAGCACUGUCAAUCUGAGCCCGUCAUCAAAGCCAGUUGCAGCAUCUACUAUAGAGUCAGCCAAGCCUUUAUCUAAAGAAGAUGCUCUCACAGAAAGGCUAAAGAGUCUUCGAAACCAAAAUGAUAGCAAUAUCCAUAUCACUUCGCCAUCUUCAAAUCCACCACCACAGCCACUUCCUAAUCCCGAAAGUUCGGGCACGGGGACGAGCACGGGCGUAGGUGCAGCACAAACUUCAUCUACAGAAGAUGCAAACGAAGAUGAGAAUCCACUCUUCUACACUGACGACCAGACUCUCGAAGAGCUUCUUGCAGACCUCGAGUCCGACCAGCAAUGGCUCGAGGAGGUACUAGCUGAAGACGAGCAUCGCAGGGUAAUCGCACUUCUCGAGGAGUUGGGAGAUGCUGCCAAAACCAGCGAAGAGCCAGAAAAGGACCCGGAAACUAAAACAUCUCAUAACGAGAACGAAGGUGAAGACAGUAGCGACGAUGACUCUGAGGGCGAACGGAUGACUCGUGAAGCCAACGAUAUUCUCGCCCAAACGGCUGACGAGGUAGAACAUGAUCAGACCAAUAAGCCUCCGUCUCAGCCUGGUUCUUCACCCACUUCACCAAGCCACACUAUGAAGCCAGAUACCGAAGGCGGUAAGGCAGCAAAUGAAAGUACAAAAGCACAAGGGUCCAAUGAAAUCGACCCCUUUAACCUACCUGCGGUUCCGUCAGAUUUUCAGGACCAACACCAACCGGAUCAUCCCGAAGCGUCUCAGGACGACGCCGACUUCGCAGCAUCUAUCACGUCUCGCAUGGCUGCGCUCAACGUUGAUGCACCUGCUGGUCCGGAUCUGCCUUCGGUACCAGCAGAUAUCGAUUCUCUAGGCCUUCCUUCGGCGCCUACCUUCGCACCAGCUGAUCGGCCUGCUCCGGGGCUAAUCAAGCGGUAUGGGUUUACAGACGAGGACCAGAAGACGUGGUGCGUUGUAUGUUUAGAGGACGGCGCCAUCCGUUGCUUAGACUGCGACAGCGACAUCUACUGCGCGAGGUGUUGGAAGGAGAUGCACGUUGGUCCUAGCGCAGGGUAUGAUGAGCGCGGGCACCGCUGGGAGAAGUAUGUUAGACGCUGACGAUACAUGAUUGGUCCUUUUACGGUUAGGUUGGAUUAGCGUUAUAGUUUUUGAGUUGCAACUAUAUCUAGAUACCCAGCGCUGUGAUCCAUACUAUCUUUCUCUUGAUGCCAUUCCCGAAAACGAGAUAUUAUCUGAAAGAUCUGUUGGUCGAGUGCUUAGCCGCGGAGGCCUCGGCAGACUGAAGUAAAAUUAAUGACCCAACAUAUAUGUAUGAGUUUCCUCCCAAGGUACCUAGAUACCUAGGUAAUAGUAUCUCGCAAUUGUUUCCUUAUACGGAUAAGCGAGGGUAGAUAAUGUAGCUCUUGGCAUCAGCAAGCUGGGUAGCGAGGUUGAGUACACUAUGCCUUGACCACGGUGAUUUCUGCCUUACACGUCGGGUAUAGUAAGCUAUCUUAGCUCACGAUCUAAUAGAUUAUACAUCGGAGCUGAGUUGCGUAUGGAUAAAAAAGGAUGAUCGAUAAAGGGAUUCAAAGUUUCAUAAUAUGAUAAUAUUAGGUACACUGGAACUAUAAACCCAGUCAUAAGACAAUUCACUCAAUAAUAUAGCAUAGCCCAACGUACUCUCAGAGUUCAAAGCG